AUGGCAGUUCGUCUUGUGGCUAAACCAGGAGACAAGCAUUACUGUCGUUUAUCAGCAAAUGUUCAACUUUUAGCUAGAGUAGAUCAUCUUAUGAAGAUGACAAAUAAUGUACACAAUUCUUUAGGAGAGUUUAGCACAAAUAUAAUUCCAAAAAUAAAACAACACAUGGAUCACAAUGAGAAAGAAAAAAUUAAAGAAAUUACAAAUAGUUUUUCUUACUCUCAAGAAGAUUUAGAACAAAUAGGCAUUACAAAAAAUGAAAAAAUAAUUGUUCCAGAAACAUACGAAAAUAAUGUUACAUUAGAUUUGACUGAUAAUUCAAUAAAGAAGAUUGAAAAUUCUGAAUUCAAAGAAAGGAAAUUAGAAAAUAAUACCUUACUAACUCACAAAUUGGUGAAUAUAAUGACGGGAAAAAUUUGA